AUGGAGGCGAUCAAAGACCGAAUAGAACGGUUCGCAGGUCCGCUGCAAUUAUCAGUUGACUGCGUCCUCAACAUAAUUGGACUCCUGUUGGGCGUAGUGGGCACAAUUACGAACGCGGUAAUCAUCAUUAACCUCAUCCCACGUCUUUUUCGACGCAAGAGCCGUGCACCAAACAUGAAGUACAGUCUCGCACAGGCUUUUCUUGACUGUUUGGCUUGUUUCAGUUGGUGUGUAUGUGAUUACAUGAAACAGGCAUUGUACCAAGCAGAAAUUAGGCGGGAUCGACGUUUGCCCUUUCUAACGGUGGAGAGUGGCACAGCUACGCAAACAAAAUGUGCACUCUAUUUGAGCAAGUCCGCAUUCUGGGCUUUAUUUGCCUAUCGAUCUGGGAUCAAUGUGCUUGCAGCAGCGCAUUUCUUCCGUCGACUGGUAUUCGCCAGAGUAAGAAUGCCUAUCGACACGGUCGUCGGUAUUAUUGUAGCGAAUAUCAUCUUUCUUUGUCAUGCCGUAAUAGCGGCCAUCAUACAUGGGGUGGAGGUACAUGUGAACGAAACAAUGGGCAGCUGUAUUAUCACCCGCGACCUCUUUGCACAACAAGGAUAUUGGGUUGGCCCCAUCAAAGUCGGCGUGGUGGCCCAUAUCAGUUUAAUGUACAUAUUCCCUGUGAUGAGCACCAUGUUUUUCUACACUGUCAUGACAUCCGCGCUGCGAGAGUCACGCAACCCAGUCCAUGAGAAGGCGUAUCGAGAUUUGAUGAAAAUCUACUAUAUGGACUGCAAGAUAUACCUGGUCUUCUUCGCUCCCUUCAUAUGCUGCUUUUAUUUGCAUCACUUUUCAAUCGACUUUGAGUUUGGACCGGCGGAUACAUUCUACAAAGCCGUCUUCGCUAUAGCCUUUGCGUACCCCGCUCUCUAUCCCUUGCUCGGAGUCUAUCUAAGGCGGAACUUCCAUGAACCGCUGAUGAGCGGGCUGGACUUUUAUCAGUCUCGAGAGGAGAUGGAGAAGACAGCUUUGAAACGAUCAGCCGAAGAGAAAGUAGCCCAGAAUCUCGAAGAUCAGUCCUUAUUCUCAACCAAAAUACAAUGA